AUGCACAAGAGUGUGUCCCAGUUUCAUCUCUUGUCCAGACGACAAUGGGCGAGAAGAAGUCGAAAUCCUGUGAUUUGGCGUCACUCCCGUCGUCACAGCAGUGUGGUCCCGUGGAAGACAAGUCGCCUCGAGCAUCACCGGCAGUUUCCACAAUAUUAUCAGUAUCAUCGAGCACUGUUGUCCACGGCCGUGGCAUCCCAACCCCCCGACGACGACGAGGAUGACGAAUUGGACGAGGAAAUUGAAGCUCUGGCGGCGUCUUGUUUUCCAUUAGAUGAUGGCGAGGAUGAUUACUUGAUGAAGGACGAUAUUCGUCAUUUGCGAGAGCAAAGACGACGAAUGGACCAUGCGUCACUCGACCUGGAAUUGGGGGAUACAUCCAGUUGGGAACAACAACAGCAAGACGUCAUCUUGGAGAGUGAUGAUGAAGAAGACGACAAUCAUGAAUUUGGAAUGGAUCCAUUUGAUUUUCCGUCUUUUCCAGAAGGAUCUCCUGCGGCAGAACUUGAUCGACAAAAUCGACAACUGCAGUCGGAAUCCCCCCAGAGAUAUCAGCCUGUGCUUUCCCCUCUGGAUAUGCUAGAACGGAUCAUUGACAACAACAACAGUAACAACAAUGAAGAAACCACGUUCGAUCCAUUGUCAUACAGUGGACCUCCACAACAUCACGCACAUCAACAUGCACAUCUCACCAAAGAACAGCGAUUGCGUCAAUUGCAACUUCAACUGGAAUGCGAGGCACAGCAAGAGGCCGUGCAAAAGUAUCAAAAAAUGACACAACUUACCAGAUCCCGAAAAGAUUAUGCCAGUCUCAACAGUUUACAAAAACUCAUACUGCACUGGUAUCAACCCAUUCGAGACGAAAUUCAAGCCACACAAUUGGGAUACAUUUUUAGAGGGGACAUACAACAACAACAACAACAACAACAACAACAACAAUCAGUACAAAACAGCAAUAAACAAAAACAAACACAAACACAAGAAACAAUAAAUGAUGACGACGAUGACGAAAAUGAUGAUGACAAUGACAAUAACAACAAUAUACGCCCGAAUCGGACCGCCAUUCAUCGAUACGGUCCAUUGCUAAACACGGUCGAACCAGAAAAACUGGCCGUCAUUCUCACCCAUGAAACACUCACGCAAAUCAUUGCCAAGACGCAGGAGCAAAUGAACUAUGGGGGUGGUAUUAGUCUCGUUGAUCUUGCAAUGAAAUUGGGACGCUCGGUCGAACAAGAGGUAUUGUUGCAACGGAUACUCAAACAAAAAAUGCAAGAAGAACGACAAAAACAAGAAGAAGAACAACAAAACAAAAACAAGAAUGAUGCCGUGGCUGCCUUUGCCAAAGAGACACUUGGAAGAACUAGCAGCAAGGAUUCGACCACGACAAAAACAGCACAGCCAUUUUCGUACACCGAGUCGCGACUUUUAUCGUACCUUCGAGAACUGGCACCCGACGACCAAAAUGCCAAGAAUGCUCGUAUGGUUGCUUACGCCGUACGUCGGGCCCGACGCGCUUUGAAUGCCGACGAAUGGUCCAUGAGAGAUCGCGCCCAAGUGGGAACCAUUUUGUUAAAGAUAUUACUGGAUCACGCCACCAUUCGAUUGCCCGAUGGGAGUGUCCAACCCGCCUUUCGCAUGGAACGACGGUGGAACCAUUCUGCGAAACGAAUCAAAUCGACAAACUACAUUUUGGUACACGAUGCGCUCUGGAAACUGGCUGUGGCGGAUGAAUUCGAGAGUAUUGCCGCACAAACCACGCGACACAAACCCAUGGUGAUUCCACCCGAGCCUUGGACGUCGCCCCAACAGGGAGGCUAUGCCUGGCUCAAAACCGAUCUGGUUCGUUUUCAUGGAUCGAAACUACAGCGAGAAGCAUUGGAUGAAGCAGACUUGACACCCGUAUUGGACGGUUUGAAUGCUCUGAGUCGGGAACCGUGGGUGAUCAACAAGACGGUUCUCAAUGUUGCUCAGCAGUGCUGGGAUCGAAACGUUCCACUUGGAGAUAUCCCCAGCAGGACCGAUCUGGUGGUGCCGCCAGAACCCACUCCUCCGGAGCGAACCAAGUUUAAGAGUUCCGACGACCCCGACUUUGACGAAGCGUACGUGGAACAAAAAAAGAAGGAAUGGGCAAAAGAAUUCAAUUCGUUCAAAGAAGCACGGAAUCGGUAUCGUCGUGUCCAGCAAAAGAACCGAGACUUGUUCUCGCUGCGAUGUUCGGCAAUGCUCAAGCUAGGUCAAGCCAAACAGUUUCAGGACUACGACAGCAUCUAUUUCCCGUACAAUCUUGACUUUCGAGGGCGGGCAUAUCCUAUACCUCCUCAUUUUUCCAAUGUGGGAUCUGACUUGUGUCGCGGUGUGCUCAAAUUUGCCAAGGCGAAACCUCUCGGGAAACGCGGUUUGUUUUGGUUGCAUGUUCAUGUGGCCAACUUGGCGGGGAAAGACAAGAUGACCUUUGACGAUCGGGCACAGUAUUCCAUGGACAAUCUUGAGAAUAUUCGAAAGUCAGUCCAAGACCCAUUGGGAGAAAAUGACGAGUCCGGCGAACGACCCUGGUGGAUGUCUUUGGAUGACCCUUUUCAGGGUCUGGCGACGUGCCACGAGAUUGUCAAUGCCAUUGAUUCUGGCAAUCCCGAAACGUACAUGUGUAGCUUGCCAGUGCACAUGGACGGCAGCUGCAACGGCCUGCAACACUAUGCAGCCCUGGGCAGGGAUAUCGUGGGCGGGACUGCGGUCAACCUUUGUAACUACGACGAGCCACAGGACGUGUACAUUGGGGUCAUGGAGGAAGUCAUUCGCCGUGUUGCAGAAGAAGCCGAACGAGAGAUAGAAUACGAUGUAGACAACCCCGAGCUUUCCAAGAAGGAACGAAAAGAAAUCCUGCAUAACAAGUCUGCGAAGCUUGUGAAUGGUCUCAUCGACCGAGGUGUAGUCAAGCGAACGGUGAUGACCAGCGUCUAUGGAGUGACAUACAUUGGGGCUCGCCAGCAGAUUCAAGAAAAGAUCGAAGAGAAGCUGGAAGAACUUGGACGCGAUUUGGACGAAGUCAACUACGAAGUUUUCGCUGCAAGUGGCUACCUUGCGCAAGUGACGAUGGAAGUGAUUGGCGAUCUGUUCACUGGAGCAAAGCUAACCAUGAAUUGGCUCACCAAAUGCGCACGAUUGCUGUCCGCCAAGGGUUACCCCGUGGCUUGGAUGACGCCUCUUGGCCUGCCUUGUAUUCAGCCUUACCGUCAAAAACGGACCUCCAAGGUCGUCACGGCUCUGGCAUCCGUUUUGAUUGCUGACUUCAGCGACGACUUGCCAAUUCACAAAUCUCGUUCCGUGUCAGCCUUUCCUCCCAACUACAUUCACUCACUGGAUUCUACGCACAUGCUCAUGACCGCCAUGGAAAUGGACCGACGAGGGCUAAGCUUUUCGGCUGUCCAUGAUUCCUUCUGGACUCAUCCGUGUGAUGUGGACGAAAUGAACGAGGCUUUGCGGGACCAGUUUGUCGAACUGUAUUCACAUCCGCUUCUUGAAGAACUGAAGACUUCGUUUGAAAUCAGAUACCCCGACAUCAGCUUUCCCGAUCUUCCCGACAAAGGAAGCUUGGAUCUGGAGGAAGUGAAAGAGUCCUUGUUCUUCUUUCAAUAG